AUGCAGAAACGAAAGCCCGAGGUCAUUUGUGCUGAAGAAAGAAAUGCAUUUCGCAGUGGUUUUACACUAUUUUUAAUCAGGUUUAUAAUCCUCAGACAGCACAAAAUCAUGCUACUACCUCUGUACAUUAUAUUAGCAAUUGCAACUACUAAAUUUACAAAGUAUAGCGUAUUGUGGUCGUUCACACCUCUCUAUUAUACUUCAGCUUUAUUUAUUGUGGAUUCGGUUUAUAUAUUUGCGUGUUUCGGCUUUUCUGAACUAUGUGUUACGUCUCUGCUUGAAAAUAUAAUAUUCUUAGUGGUCAUACUAUUGAUCAGCUUUUCAAUUGCAAUCAUUGGAAUUGAUCAGAAAAGCAAUGUGAAAGCACUGGAAAAUACUAGUAUUCAACUCAAAAUGAGUCUCCUUGAAAAGCAAAAGUUUUUACGAUCUAUUUCACAUGAAUUUAGAUCUCCUUGCUUGUCAUCAUUAGGCAGUGUGGAAUUGCUUAGAGAGACGAGCUUAACAGAGUAUCAACGAGACAUGGUUGAAACAAUAGCUUCGGCAGACGAAAUACUUUUGAAUUUAAUAGAGGACAUUCUGAAAGCAGCUAAAAAUGAGCACGAAAAGAAGGUCGGCCACGUUGAAGAAACAACUAAAACGAUGAAAAAUUGCCAAGAAUUUAGUUUAGGGUACUGUGUGAAAACUAUUGGUAAUAUUAUUAAGAGUUAUGCCUCGCCCUUUAAUGUCAGUGUGGUGGUCAAGAUAGACGAUCAACUCAAAGAUAUGGUCGUGAGAGGAAACCUCACAAGAAUACACCAAAUUCUGGCCAAUUUGCUGACUAACGCAGUCAAAGCAUCAAAGUGUGGUGGAACAGUUCAGCUUAUUUGUGAUGUUGAAUUACACGACAAAAGUGCGUCGGCAGUAACAACGGAACAAACAAUUGUUUUUACUGUCAUUGAUCAUGGAGUUGGAAUCCCUAAGGAUAAACAACACAAGAUAUUCGAGCCAUUCACUCAGCUCCACAAUGUGAAUGAAACUGUUUACAAAGGGUCUGGUUUGGGCUUAAAUACCGUUUUACAUUACGUACAAGCUUUACGAGGCUCCAUUCAUCUGCAUUCCGAGAUUAAUGAAGGGACCGAAUUUGCAGUUUCUCUUCCUUUGGAAGUUGUGAAUGCCAAUAGCUCAUCCAAUGACGGUGCGAAAGAUGGAGUUGUUGUGAAAAAACAUCUAUUCAAACAAGCAGUUGUCUCAAACCCUGAGAACACCACCAUCUUCAAUUCUAAUGCAAAGAUAAUAAUCGCGGACGACAAUUCGGUAAACAGAAAGGUCAUUGGGAAACUCAUUGAAAGUAUGGGGUUUGAGUAUGACGUAGCAAGCAACGGUCGCCAGUUAUUGGAUGGUUUUGAUGAAACAAGGCACAAACUUGUUUUUACAGAUAUUAACAUGCCUGACAUUAAUGGGGUUGAUGUGGCCAAAAUACUUCGUUCCAAAUUUAAAGAACGUGUGAAAAUUGUUGCUCUGACUGGAGAUGCCAUGUUUCAACCACCUCCACAUCUGUUUGAUGUUGUGAUUUUGAAACCUUGUCAAAAAUCGGUGCUCAAAAGUUGUAUUGACAGCGUCUCAUUUGACUGA